GCCGAAGUGCAUCUUUUUAAUUUAACUUGUACAAUUUUCCCCAAAUCCGCCACUUCAAUACAUCUACACAACCUUCACAAUGACCGACGCGACCUUCCACACCACUCGCCAGGACUUGCGCAAGGCCGAGUCUCGCGUCGCUGGUCAGCACGGUGGUAAAACCCCUGCCGACUCCGAUGUUUCUCAGAUGAAGUCCAUUAUCGACCAGAACACCGACAAGCCCAAGCAGAUCGACGAGGCCAAGGCCAACCUGCCCCUCCCAGAUCAGCCCCCCGUCGCCAGUGAUUGGAACUCCUCCGACCAGCGAACCGUCAACGUGGGCUCUGGUGGUAUCGAAGGCCCUAUCUCUGGUGACAACGACACUGCCCUUCGCGGCCCCGCCACUGCUGGUAGCAGUGCCCGUGUCGACGGUGCGGAGCUGCACAAGCCCACCGCACCCCAGGGCAAUGUUGGCCGUCAGCGUGUUGAGGGUUUGGAUAGCUUGCCCUCUGAUGCUACUUCUCGUUAAAGAAAUUCUUAUGUGUGGACUACGGGAUCCAAAAUUUGUAUCAUAGCCAUUUUCACGGAGUCACGAGCGAAUGAAUCCAUUCUAAAUUGAAUGAUAUAACUGCGGAA